CGCUGGAGCGGAGGGUGCUGCUGUUCUGGCACGCAUUCGACGCAACACCUGGAGCGAGGAAUCUAUGGCUUUCGACCUCAAAUCACUCACAUGGCGCCUUUCCGAAAGGUGUGUGCUCCAUGUUUGCACGAGUUUUUGCUUUUGGGGGACGUCUAGGAUUGAAAAACGUGUGGUCCCCAUUUGAUCUAUCAAAGAAACAUGUUUGGGCGCAGUUAGUUGGAUGGCUUAAGACUUGCAGGCCAGUGAAAGCAGACAGUUCAGAAUGACUGGGACAGUCCACGAGUGGAUCACUCGUUCGGCCGCCGUGCACGGUCACCACACCAUUUGUGCAGACUUAGUAGUCUCUUCUUCACAAAACCUUCAUAAGUCAUGCGUUUGCCUGCCGGCUUCUUGUUGUGUUUUCCGCCAUCCAACUUUUGUGAAAGUGACUUCAUCAUGGCUCAAGCCGGUCUUGUUGCUUUUGAAUAUACUAUAAUGAUUCAAUGCAGGUGACUGCUUUGUUUGGCACAUAGUGGCACAGCUUGAUGAGGAUGAGUACCGUUGCAUGGUGGAAAGUGGAAAAGCCAUUCGGGACCUAAAGCAAUCUAAAGGAGCUUCUUUCAGCUCAGCUUGGGUGCUCAAGGUUUCAGCGCCAGGCUCUUCAGUGAUGAAUUUUGAGAAUUGCAGGAUGACAUGCCAUUGAGGCCACCAAGUGUACAGGUGACAAUCAUGCCGGUCUGUGCAUUUGAUGAGAUUCUGGAGGAAGAACUAGUUCGCAGCUGCGAGGAAAAUGAUGUUAUCGCUAUAGACAAACUGCUUCGAAGACCACAGGAUACUAAUGGGCCAAGUUUGUUUGUUGCAGCCGAGAACGGCCACUUGGAGGUGGUGCGACUAUUGCUCGAAGCUGGAGCUGACGAAAAUUCAGAAAGGACAGAUGGGGCAACGGCUAUGUUUCUUGCAGCAGAGGAAGGCCACUUGGAAGUGGUGCGAUCGUUGCUCGAGGCUGGAGCUGACAAGGAGUCAGCGAAGAUGAAUGGAACAGCUGCAUUGUCCAAUGCAGCGGAGACAAAGGCCUUUGCAAGUUGUGGCAAUGUUGCUCGAGGCUGGAGCUGACAAAGAUGCAUCGAUGACACAUGGGGCAACCGCCUUGUCUGUUGCAGCUGAGAGAGGCCAAUUGGAAGUCGUCCGCCUGCUGCUCGAGGCUGGAGCUGACAAAGAUGCAGCAAUGGCAGAUGGGACAACGGCUUUGAUUGUUGCAGCCCAGAAAGGUCACUUGGAAGUUAUGAGAUUGUUGCUGGAAGCUGGAGCUGACAAAGAUUCAGAAAGGACAGAUGGGGCAAGGGCUAUGUUUCUUGAAGUCUGGAGCUGUUUUUUUCAGUGAACUCUACGUCGAAGCUGAAAAGAUGCAGCCAUGACAGAUGGGGCAACGGCUUUGCUUAGUGAGCUUAUUGCAGCCCAGAACGUUCACUCACAACUUCUGCAUUUGUCGCUGAGGCUGACAAAGAUCCAGCAACAACAAUUGGUGCACUGCCCUUGAUUCGUUCAGUCCAGAAUGGACACAUUAUUCCUAUACGAGAUAAAGUACGCAAAAUUCAAAAUCAAUUGUAAGUCCGUUUGUGACGCAUAGCUAAUUGCUUGUUUGUUAGUAGUGAAGAUAAUGAUUUUGUGGUUGAUCAUGGUCGAUCCAAGUACGGUGGACCAUGGCUUGCUUUUGUGGGUGACCCGCAGGGGUAGACCUUGUGAGGGUGAGCAAUGCUUUCGUUGGAUUUUUGCGGAGUUUUGUUGGUUCGAAACUUCUCAGGUUCCAUCGAAAAUUGAGGAGGUCAGCAAGUCUGCAGGUCCACCUCCAAUCCCUAUGGUGUGGACGGUGCUCAAGCACCUGCAUGCUGCAUGACUUCACGCAUAUCAUGUCUUGCCAGAACAGUGGCUAACAUGAUGUCGGUCAACUGCCAGUGCCUACCUCCAAAACAG